AUAUCCUUAAUCUGCAGGUGUGUUCCUUCCUUGGGUUAUGUCUUGAUUUGAAGACAAAAACAAGAAGACAGAGCAAACCAUUAAAAGCAGAGGUCAUGGGAGACAAACGGUCGUCCACCAUCUCAGACGACGAUUUGCUUCUCAAAAGCUUUUUCGCCGAAGUGAGCGAAGUCGAGAGGGAUAACGAAGUCUUGAGGAUCCUUUCAUGUUUCAAGUUAAAUCCAUUUGAGCAUCUAAAUCUACCCUUUGAUGCCACCCCAGAAGAAGUGAGGAAGCAGUAUCGUAAGCUCUCUUUGCUGGUUCACCCCGACAAGUGCAAGCAUACUCAAGCGAAAGAAGCGUUUGCCUCAUUGGCAAAAGCCCAGCAACUAUUACUUGAUGAACAGGAAAGAGACUAUCUUCUUUGCCAAGUUACUGCAGCAAAAGAAGAACUUCUAGUAAAAAGGAGAAAGCAGUUGAAGAAAGAUACAGCCUCUAAAAUAAAGUCUUUGGUUGAAGAGGGAAAAUAUAAACAACAUUAUGAAAAGUCCGAGGAGUUCCAGCGGGAACUCAAAUUGAAGGUUCGGGAACUAUUAACUGAUCAAGAAUGGCGGCGGAGGAAAAUGCAGAUGAGGAUAUCAGAAGAGGAAGGAAGAUUAAAAAAGGAUGAAGACGACCAAAAGGAGGCGUGGAAGAGAAAGCGGGAACAUGAGGAGCAGUGGGAAGGAACAAGAGAACAGAGGGUUUCAAGCUGGAGAGAUUUCAUGAAGGGAGGGAAAAAGGUUAAAAAGGGAGAAAUACGACCGCCAAAGCUCAAGACGGAGGAUCCCAACAAAUCUUAUGUUCAAAGGCCUGUAAACAGAAAAUAACCUAUCAAAGUGUCUUGAAAGGGGUAUGAUAUUGACGGACCGAUAGUUGGUUAUGCCAAUUUAUGUUAUGGCAGUAAAAUAGUAAAGUAGCUUGUGCCAAGCUUAUUGAUGUAAUAUCCUAAUGAGACUUUAUUAGGUCUCAACAAUUAGAGGACAUCUGCCACUGUGUUUUACAAGAUUAGUGGACAUUUCAAAAUCCUUGAAGAAUCAAAUCAGUUGAAACA